CUGACCGUGGGAUUGGAAGUUUUAGCCUCAUAACGCUAUGCUCUGUCAGGUACCCGCCAUUAAACCCGCCUCCGGCGUAAUAGUAAGAUCCGCUUGACAUCUAUUGCGUUAUAGGAUUCAUAAUCAGUAAUCAUACAUCUACAAAUCAGCACGUAUAUCAAUAUGUAUAUAUCUUCCCUCACUUUGGAGCGAAGUUAAAUGGGUACUCCAUAAAUCAACCUCCUCACUCUACAUAUCACCUCCUCUACACGUCACCUCACUCUUCGAAAUUGCGGUCAAUUAGCUUUUGACGGGGAAAAGCAGCUAGAUUGCCUCAUCACGGACAUUUAUCAAGAAGACAGGAUGUCUUUGGGUAGUGACUAUGCCGCUAUUCAGCGCCUAAUCUACCGUCAUGGCCAUAUUUUCGACUAUGGCAAAUGGGAAGAAUAUUUGCAACUGUACCGCCACGCCGAGUGGUACAACCCUGGCGCUCCUCCUCUGAGUGCUCAGGGACUUCUCGACAACUUUCGACGCAUGAUUGUUAUGCAUGAUGGCUCGCCAAGAACCCAUCACUUGAUGCAUAACCCUCUAAUCGAUGUUGCACCAGACGGGCGUACUGCGAGCGCUACGACUACCGUACAGGUGCUCCAGAGUGUGCCGCCGGCAUUCCCUAUGCAAACCAUCCUUGUCGGCCAUUAUAAAGACGAAUUUGCGAAGGAUGAGGGGGGAGAAUGGCACUUUACAAAGCGUGAAACCCACCCGAUCUUUUGGGGUGAUGUCAGUCAACAUGCCAAGGCCACUUCUGGGGGUUAUGGACUAGACCAGUAGGCAUGGUACGAUGGGUUGAUGCGAGUUUCUUGAGUCCUGUAAUUUGUCGAGAGAGAUAAAAUGGAUUCAUUUUAUGGGUAUAGAAAAGAUUGGCAAAUGACUCCUUGGAUGUACAAGCAAAAUUUAUAUCAGUCUCAGCC